UUUGUCACUCUUUCUGAGGUUUGGCCGGCCGUUCCUCGUCUCUUUGUCUCCUGUAUAAAUCUCGGUGCCCACGACGUGCCAGGAGCCAUUCUGGUAGGCUGUGACUGUCCAAUUUCUGUAGGGUUUCACCGGAUCCAGCGAUGGCCUUGCGUAUUGUAAAGAGGCGCGUCUCCAGUAUGGACGGUCUUGGUGUCGCAAAAGAAGUGGCAUCAUUCGUGAAGGAUAUCAGCAAUAUGUCCCAGUUUGCCCCGGUUGCAGUUGCAGCAGCUCUAAUUCUGAGAAUCCUUGAAUUAUUGCAGGCUGUCAAAACAAACCAAGUCCAAUGUUUCGAACUGGCUCGACGCGCAGCCAAACUAUUGUUGAACAUCUCACGAAGGAUGGAAAACAAGUGGCACACUGCUCCGCAUAGCUUAAUUGAAAAUAUCAGGGAGUUUGAAGAAAUACUUCGCUUGAUCUACGACCUCAUGCAACAAGCAGCGAACGUGAGAUGGUUGCAACGUCUCCUGUCCAAGUCCACUAUCGAGACUACACUUGCACAUUGCAACGUACUUUUGGAUGAUGCGUCGCGUUCCUUCCAGAUCGAGUCUCUCAUAGAGAUUCAUUAUGCCGUCGGCGCCCUGCGACAAAACGCCGUAUCGGAACCUUUGCUUACCGAGGGAACAGAAGUAGUGGCAGGCCCACUUCCGAUGGAUUUUUCUUCGCCAUCCGUUUCCGUACUGUGUCAUGAGCGAGCCCUUUUAUGGCCAGAUAUAGUUUCGCAAGUCCACUCGCCGUCCUCAACCCAGUCAUAUGCUUCUGUAUCUGAAGUCACAGAGCAGCUCUCGAUCUCUGAGGCGAACGGUUCUCCAGCUGUCAAUGCAGAGGCGAUUGAACUCCAGGCAUUUCGUUCUGAUAUAUCAAUGCCUGAGGACGAGUUCGGGUUUCGCCGGUAUCACCAAUCUGACGUACGGAUACGUGCUGUUAAUCGCAAGUCUUUAGGAUGGUUCUCUGGGAGUUCUCAAGCAGAAGUGAACGGGAACAUGAUGCAAAUAAAGAAGUACGAUGGCCCGAAAGGAAAGGCCGCUCGUGACUGGAUUAGGGACAUCAAGAUCUUGCGCAAUCUAUAUCAUGUAAACCUACCGCAACUACUCGGGUACUCAGACGACAAGACCCCUACACCAUUCAUUUUGCUCGCGCACUCGCAACCGAGAGACGUACAAACAUAUCUGAAAGCAGUGCUACAGACAUCAAGUCUAUCUUCGUCCGUGUUAUCCCUUCUACGAAUGUAUCGCGACGUUACGUCCGCUGCUUCAUACGUCCAGCAACAGAUGUCCUUGAAGGACCAUCAAGUCCAAGACUUCCUCGAAGAAGCAACAUAUGCUGUAGAUGCAGAGAACAAACUGGUCUUGGGACUGCCACCGCGGAAAGAAGGCAUUUGGUCCACAGCUCGGAGCUAUAACUUGACUGAGUCACUCGCCAAACCGGUCCUGACGGGGUUGGGUCUCGCCAGUCAAUCCAUAGAUCACGAACCAGCCCAACAUACACAGCAUCUUCGCCAUCUUCUCACCUCACUCCUUCCAAGACGUACGGAUACGCCAUCGCUUCCGCCUCCGAUACAAGACCUCCUGGAUGACCACUCUGAAGGGCUUUCCGCUUCAGGUCAUGGGUCUAGUCUUGCAGCGCUUCGGGAGAUCAGUUUCUCCUCCAAUACCCAUACCUUCUCCUGGCAGAGGCGUGCUCCCGUAGGGCAAUUCCAACCUGGAGACUUUGGAUAUCUACCCUAUUCAGCAUCAUCAUCCGGCAGAGACAUCGAUAUGGAGCAACUCAAGUUGUUUCAGAAGCUUGGGAAUGUAUUCGACGGAGGCAUGGAGAAGUGUAAUCUCGAUAUUGCAAAGCGAUUGUCCGGAUCAAUGAGGGCGUUUUCUGGGAGGCAUGGGGAUAAUCAAGUCGCCACCCCGUACUUGCUGCCGGGUGGCUUGGAAGGUUGGCCAGUGGCGGUCCCACCACGAGAUCACGUCACUGUGUGGGUCACUCGAGAAUCUAGUUUGGAGUCGAUUGGCGAGGCCUGGAGAUAUCUCUUGCAGAAUGCGAACCAAAUCAUGGAAAGACAUGGGAAACAGCCUCAUGAAUUGAUUAUAAUCGCCUCAGAGACGACAGUCCAAGACUUCACCAUAAAGGACCAUAGUCUCCCUCCUCUCCCCCACCCAAACCGUAGCAUUCAUUCUCAACACACUCACCACCCUCACUUCGGAGCAUUGUCAGAUGUUCCAAAGAUCCUAUAUUUAUUCACUUCGUCAUCUAUGUUUGACUUAGAUGGGGGAGAACAGAAGGUGAGGGAGCCCUUUGUACCGUAUUGGACGGACGAUCCUAUGGGUAGGCCGAGUCCUAGAGAGACGAGGUCUACAAUUCGGAGUUUUGGUGAAAAUUCAGGAUGGCCUGUUGGGUAUGUGAGGUACAUCCAGCUUGAUCCCGAGGACGUCACACAGUAUCUGUAGAGUUAUAUUCCAUUGUGCCGGUCCAAUACGCAGCCACAUGCUCUAUUUGUUUACACUCGCGGAGCAGGACCAGAAGUAUAGCUCGGUGGAUACUCAACCUCUUCGUUAAUAUCGGUAUCGGACGAAUCAGGUUGUCCUCCUCGUACUCGAGCAUGCAAAAUACGUAGAAGAGCAGAAGUAGAUAGGCGGUCAGGGGCUACGCCUCCGUCAGGGUGGAAAAGAGCAGUAGUUUGCCCUGGCUGGAGCCGUCCAGGAUCAAGUUCCUGAGCCUCCGCGACGCUGGAAUGUCUGCGAGAGUGUGAUGCUGAUGUUGAUGGAGGCAAGACUGAACCUUCGUGUCGAUGGCUGACAUCGUCUGUAUGCGGAGUUAGAGUCGAAUUUGUUUCUGUUAUAUACUCCGAGUCGGUCUGAUUUGUCCCAUGCACGGGGGAUGCUGUUGGCCUCACGGAGUGCGAAUAGAUUCCGGCAGCCUGAGCCUUUCCAGAGCUCGAUGGAGUAUGCGAGUCCUGAUGAGGCUGUAUUUGGAGGAAAGGCGCGGGAGUCGUGGUGUAUCCUUGAUUGUGGCUGGUAAUACCUCUGGUGAAAACAGGACUAUC